UCACACCCGAUCGGUCCUGUCUCAUGCAGUAGUCCCCCCCUGCUGUUGUUGCUGCACUCACUCCCGCGUGUCCAGCAGCCUCAUCCUCCGCCGCCCGUCAGUCAUGGCUGCUACCUCCCUGGCCUCCUCUUCUCUCGCUCUGCCUCGCGCUGCCUCCCUCGUCGACCGACGCUCGCCCCCUCAGUCGCUCGCGUCGUCGCAGCAACGCUCGAGGGGCGUCGCAGUGAGCGUCGCAGUGCGUCGCAUGGGGCAAUCGGGAAGCCGUGCGCGCGUCGCUGUCGCCGCGUCCCGCGGCGAAGAAGUGAAGGCGGUGCAGGUUGAUAAGGCGCAACUGAGGCAGCGGCUGUCGCAGCAGGAGUACCACGUGACUCAGGAGAAAGGCACGGAGCGAGCAUUCACCGGCAAGUACUGGGACGAGAAGCGCAAGGGCACGUACCACUGCAUUUGUUGCGACACUCCACUCUUCAGUUCAAGCACCAAGUUUGACAGUGGCACGGGGUGGCCCUCAUUCUACGACCAGGUCGGCAGUAAUGUGAAGCAGGAGACGGACUGGUCCAUCCCCUUCAUGCCACGUGUCGAGGUGCUCUGUGCUGCCUGUAACGCCCACCUCGGCCAUGUCUUCCCUGAUGGGCCCCCCCCCACCCGUCAACGAUACUGCAUCAAUAGUGCAUCACUCCGUCUGGAUGCGGAUGCAAGAGAGUGAACCCUUGGUUUGUCAUGAUCAACAGAGUGGAUGUAUGCCAUGUGAAGGUUUAUUCAUAUUUUGUUUUUGUGAGACGUUGGCUUCAUUUUGCCCUGUGAAUUUAUGAGAUGGUACUUAUUGAAUUUAUGAGGUUUUUGUCAGAGAUCGAACGAAUAACUAGAAUGAGUAUGC